ACAUGCUCUGUCUGGCCCUGUGAAUCUUCACUCACCCAUUGAGAUUUCUGAUGGUUUAAAGCUACAUUCCAGCUGCUGAAGCUCUGUAACCUGCUGCGGUUUCCUGGCCUGGAUCCAAGAGACCUGGAUGUUGUUUGCCACUCUGAUGAUGAGACAGGCUACCAUGGAUUUCAGCACCUCUUCUGUGUUCGAUCAGCAAAAAGGUGACUCAUCUGAAGAAGUUGACCUGACCAUGGUCUAUCAGGCAGCAUCUAACGGAGAUGUCAAUGCUCUGACCUCGGUGAUCCGGGAAGACCCCUCGAUCCUAGAAUGCUGUGAUAGCGAAGGAUGUACACCCUUGAUGCAUGCGGUUUCUGGACGCCAAGUGGACACGGUGAAGCUGCUUCUGAAGAUGGGAGCCAACAUUAAUAUGCAGGAUGCUUAUGGCCGUACAAGUUUAUGCCUGGCAACCUACCUGGGUUGGCUGGAAGGCUGUGUGAGUCUGCUCAGAAAUGGUGCCAAGCACAAUAUUCCAGAUAAAAAUGGCCGUUUGCCACUGCAUGCUGCCACUGCAGAGCCAGAUGUGAGACUCUUGACAGUCCUGCUGCAGCAGUCCAACCCCAGUGAGAUCAAUCACCAGGACAAUGAGGGAAUGACGCCACUCCACUGGGCAGCUUUCCACAACCGACCUCAACACACCCAAAUGCUGUUGAAGAAGGGGGCAGACCCCACCCUUGUGGAUAAGGACUUCAAAACAGCUCUCCACUGGGCAGUUCAGAGUGGAAACAGAAUCCUGUGUUCCAUCAUUCUGAGCCACCAUCAGGGUCCAUCCAUAAUCAACUACGACGAUGAGAGUGGGAAGACGUGUGUACACAUCGCGGCAGCUGCAGGCUUCAGUGACAUCAUUAACGAACUGGCAAGAGUCCCCGAGUGUAACCUGCAGGCUCUAGAUGUGGAUGACAGGACACCCCUGCACUGGGCUGCAGCGGCAGGCAAGGCAGAAUGUGUCCAAUCGCUGCUGGAGUUGGGCAUGGACAGCAACCUGCGGGACAUCAACGAGAGCACACCGCUGGCCUACGCCCUGCACUGUGGUCACACGGCCUGUGUCAGGCUCCUCUCCCAGGAGAGCAGAGCAGAGCCUGCUCGACCCCUUCCCUCCCAGAGCAGUCACCCCCAGAAGAAGGAGGGACGGUUCAGCAUGCUCAACCAAAUCUUCUGCAAAAACAAGAAAGAAGAUCCGAAAGCCCAUCAGAAGGAUCACAGCAGGGACCGACACAGGGGGGAGGACACCUCGGAAGUCGAUGACAUCAUCACCACCUUUGACAGCAUCGGGGAUACUAACUGCCAAGAACAGCCUGGUGACCAGGUGGCGAUGGUUGACUUUAAGAAGAGGACCUCAGAGAAUUCAAAGUAUCUCUUGCCAGAAAAGAAACCUCUGGUCCGUAAAGGGCUUCCACCAAUCAGAACACAGAGUCUGCCACCUAUCACACUGGGCAAUAACUUCCUGACCGCCUCCCAUGGAACCACUUCCCUCGUUGGCCUGAGCUCUGGCACUCAGCACACCACCCAACGAUCACAGAAAAGCCGAAGCGAACAGGAUUUACUAAAUAACAAGACUGGCUGCCAGCUGUUGUUAGAUAACCCCUGGAGAGGUGACCCUAGUCAGGUGUUCUCCUACAAAGCGUGGACUGUGUCUUCCUCGGAUAAGCUGCUGGACAGGCUGCUCGCUGGCCGGCCUGGUCACCAGGAGCAAUCUGGGCCUACACACCUUCCUCAUCUACACAACCCUUCACCAGGACAAAAUUUUCAACAUCUCUCCCCAAACAGACCCAAAAUCAGGGAUCUUCCUUUCUCUCGAAACAACCUAGCUCCCCUACCAGAUCAAAAAUUUCUAUCUGGAGAACCACUAAGAACAAACCGAGUGCUUCCUGCGAUUCCAAGUCAAAGGGGACACAGCACACCACUUGGAGAAAGCGAUUGCCCUGCCAAUACCACCAACACUCCCAACUAACUGGGGGGCCCUGACUGCAGGAACACAGAUAGCAUAUAUUUUCAACUCCCAAAGGACGAGAUUACUCUAGUUUGUAAGAACAAAGACUAAUUUAGUGAACUGCACUCUAUAAGCCAUUCACAGUUUUUUUUAUAACUCAGAAUUCCUUAUUCCAAAUAAAGACAGUUCCUAAAUAAGCACUUAGAAUCUUUGAGUGUGCAUAUAUUUAAGUCUGUAAGUUUCUGUGACCUCUACUUGCCAAAUUUUUAAAAAUGUGUUAUUAGUAGGGAAACUUAGCUGUGUUUGAUUUGCUUUGUGACAUGUUUGCUGUU